CGCCUGCGCGUGAGGACCGGCCCGCCAUGGAGGCCCAGCGCUGGCUGCCGCUGGAGGCGAACCCCGAGGUGACGAACCAGUUCCUGCGGCAGCUGGGCAUCCAGCCCAGCUGGCAGUUCGUGGACGUCUACGGGGCCGACCCCGAGCUGCUCGGGCUGGUGCCCAGGCCCGUCUGCGCCCUGCUGCUGCUCUUCCCGGUCACCGAGAAGUAUGAAACAUUCCGGAUGGAAGAGGAGGAGAAAAUCAAAGCUCGGGGCCAAGAAGUCAAACCCGCUGUCUAUUUCAUGAAGCAGACCAUCAGCAAUGCCUGCGGAACCAUCGGUCUCAUUCACACUAUUGCAAACAACAGGGAUAAAAUUGACUUUGAAGAGGAUUCUUCGCUGAAGAAGUUCCUAGACGAUUCGGUGCCCAUGAGUCCUGAGCAAAGAGCCAAAUACCUAGAAACCUAUGAAGCCAUCCGUGUGACACAUGAAUCCAGCGCUCAUGAAGGCCAGACUGAGGCACCAAGUAUAGAUGAGAAGGUAGAUCUUCAUUUCAUCGCUUUGGUGAAUGUUGAUGGCACUCUUUAUGAACUAGAUGGACGCAAGCCUUUCCCGAUAAACCACGGGCAGUCGAACGUUGACACGUUUUUAGAGGAUGCUGUAGAAGUAUGCAAGAAAUUCAUGGAACGUGACCCAGAUGAAUUGAGAUUCAAUGCAAUUGCUUUAGCGGCAGCUUAAAUCAUAGUGACAUAAAAGAAAAUGGCAUCUAAUGUACUGUAACAAAAUUAUGUUUUCACACAAAUCAGCAAUGAUCAAAUUUUGAUAAUAUUGAUGUGGAUUAAAUUUCAGAUUAUCCUUUG